AUGCUGGGCCUGGGUAGCAUGGGAGCUGGCAUGUGCCUACUCUUGGCAGAGCAUGGCUAUCAACUCUUUGGUUUCGACCCCAAUCAAGGGAGUGUCAAGAAGCUUCUACACGACAGCAAAGCAGCCGGCCUGAGUGUCGAGGUCCAAUCGAGCUACGAGCAGCUUUGCAAACAAGUCAAAGACGGCCAUGGACCAGGCCUCUUCAUCCUGUCCACCCCUCACGGACCCGCCGUCGAUAAACUGCUCAAGGAAAUGAGGCCACACCUCGACCGCGGUGAUAUCAUCGUCGACUGCGGCAACGAGCACUGGGAGAGCACCGAGCGGAGGCAGCAGGAGCUGAGCAAGGACGGCAUCCACCUCAUCGGCUGCGGCGUGUCGGGGGGCUACCAGAGCGCACGGUCCGGGCCGUCCUUCUCGCCCGGCGGAGAGGCCGAGGUGCUCGACAAGCUCAUGCCCUUCUUCAAAGGCAUCGCCGCGAAAGACCGUCAGGGCCGACCCUGCGUCAGGCCGGUCGGGCCGGGCAGCAGCGGCCACUACGUCAAGAUGGUGCACAACGGCAUCGAGCAGGGGAUGCUGUCCGUCCUGUCGGAGGGGUGGUUCAUCCUCGUCCACGGCCUCGGCCUGUCGUACCCGGCCGUGGCGGACGUCUUCGCCUCGUGGAACCGCGACGGGCCCUUGCACGACUGCUUCCUCAUCGGCAUCGCCGCCGACGGGCUCCAAGCCAGGAAUCCCGAGGGCGGUGGGUUCGAGGUGGACGUUGUCCGCGACAAGGUCGUGCAGGACGUCGAGGACUCGGAGGGCACGGGCAACUGGGCGUGCGAGGAGGCCAUGGCGCUGCACAUGCCGGCCGCGACCAUCGUCACGGCGCACAUGUUCCGCUACGCGUCGGCGUACGCGUCGGACCGCAAGGAGAACAGGGAGGCCGCGUCGGGCGUCGCUGCUCUGAAGCCGGGCCGGCUUAGGGUCCAGUCGCGCGACGACUUUGUGGCACUCCUACAGCGGGCGACGUACUUUUCCUUCCUGUGCUGCUUCGUCCAGGGGAUGGACCUGCUGCGGGCCAAGGACCGCGACCGGGGCUGGGGGCUCGACUACACCGACAUCAUGCAGCUGUGGCGCGGCGGGUGCAUCAUCCAGGCCGACGGUGUCGUGGACCUGCUGGACGACAUGUACAAGCGGCACGAGCGGCACCGCACGGACGACGUGCUCGCGGACAGCGAGGUGGCCAAGGAGCUGUCGAGCCAGUACUCGGCGGCCAAGCAGGUCGUGCUCGAGGCCGUCAGGGCGGACCUGUACGUGCCGGCCGUGAGCCAGAGCCUCGAGUACUACAAGUACAUGACCUCGACGGCGCUGCCGACGCAGUUCAUGGAGGCCCAGCUGGACUAUUUCGGAGAGCACAUGUUUGACACGUGGGACGAGCCGCCGGGGGAGCCGAGGACGGGAUCACAUCACUAUGAGUGGAAGGCGGCCAGGGGCAAGGUCGACGAGUGA